UCUUUCUAUUUCUUUGCUGAAGUGCUCAUUAGACAAGUGGAAAAGUGAGAUUGUUGUUCUGCGGCUGGGCGGACGGAGUCUUCUUAUCACUCCUUGCUGUUGCUUGUUCUGGCUGUCAAUUAGAGCAUGGAGGCUGCACCAAAGACAGGCACAACCAGAGGCCAAGGACGCCUGAAAAUGGUCAACUUUGAGAUCCUGGAAAACCACAUUUCUCGUGAGACCCAGGGGCUCAGCAACAAAUACCUGGUGGUCCGACGAGGGAAGCCUUUCAAGGUUACUCUGGUGUUUUACGGACGGAUGUGGAACCCGAAAACAGAGUAUCUGGCCCUGCAGGUUUUACUAGGUGAAAUGUCAGCAAGGAUGUUGGUCUAUUUCUCCGACAAGCGGUCCGACCCGCGUAGCUGGUCAGCACGAAUCUACCCAGGCGACAUAGGUCACCGCGUCGUCACCAUCCACGUCUGCGCCCCCGCGCUGUCCUCUGUGGCGCAGUACCAACUCAUGGUCCACAUAGUGGGAUCGCAUGAGCGAAGCAGCUACGCCGCGGGACUGUUUGUGCUGCUCUGCAACCCUUGGCUCAAGGGUGAUUGCUCCGCUCUGACUUUUGUCGAGUCCACGAUGCAGUGCGAUGAGCACACUUUUCUCUUUUCUCUUGAAGAGGAUCCAGUGUACAUGCCACUGGAUGCGCAACGACAGGAGUACGUCAAGAGUGAUUACGGCGUGAUCUACAUGGGCACGGACCACAACUUUAGUCAGCAGCCCUGGUCGUUCGGUCAGUAUGAGCCUGGUAUCCUUGAGGCUUGUCUGCAGCUGCUGCAAGUCAGCCCGCAGCACCUCAGCAACAGUCGCAAAGACUACGUUCUACGAGAAAACCCGGCCUACCUGAGCAGGAUCGUCUGUGCAAUGGUGAACUCCAGUGAUGACAUGGGUCUUUUGGAGGGGAGGUGGAAGGGAAGCUACAAGGGCGGUGUCAAGCCAACAGAGUGGAGCGGCAGUGCGGACAUCCUUCACCGCUGGAUGGCAUCCAAAGGCAACCCCGUGCGCUAUGGACAGUGUUGGGUUUUUGCAUCUGUCCUUUGCACAGUGAUGCGAGUGCUGGGGGUUCCCUCUAGGGUCGUGACAGUGUUUAACGCAGCCCACGAUGGUGAUGGAAACCUCAUCGCUGAAGAGUUCUACUCAAGCACUGGGGACAGGCUCGGGCUGUCCAAAGACAGCGUUUGGAACUUUCAUGUGUGGGUGGAAUGCUGGAUGAGGAGGCCAGACCUUGGUGCCAAAUAUGACGGCUGGCAGGUUGUGGACCCAACCCCGCAGGAAAGGAGUGCAGGUGUAUACCGCUGUGGUCCUUGUCCAGUGGUCGCCAUCAGGAGGCGUUGCCUGAACACCCCGUACGACACUGCCUUCCUUUACGCCUCUGUUGAUGCGGACAUCGUACGCAUGAUAGUGCGGUCUGGUAAGGUGGUGGGGAGGAAGGUGGACACCGAGUGGGUGGGACGCUUGAUCAUCACCAAAACCAUCGGCUCAGAUGCGCCAGAGGAGCUGACGGAUUCUUAUAAGAGAAAGAAAAUAUGUCGUGCCCCACGUUCUGGUCCACCCGAAGAAGUAUGUCAUAGGUCUCUUAAUGUCAUGUCUCGUCUACCCAACGAAGACGGGUCCAGCUUGGACGUGACCUUGAGCGUAGACGGAGAGCCGACUCUGGGCAAGGGCAUCGACCUGACGGUGACGGUCACAAACCUGUCGAACAGCACUCGCGUCCUGAGGGAGCACCUGAACGCUCAGUUGAAAGAAUUCAACAGUAGCCCAGAGAAAAGCUUCUGGAAGAGCCACCAAGAAGUGCCCAUUCAGCCAUUUCAAGAUCUGACACGCCGCCAUUCCAUCGCGCCCUCUGAGUACGAGGCGUUCCUGGCAGGCGACGACAUUGUGAAGGUGGCGGUGGUCAUCAAGGAUUUGAAGACCAAAGAGAGGGUCCUGGCUACACAGGACUUCAACCUCAGCUCACCAAAAAUAAGCAUAGAGGUUGACGGUGGGGACAGCAUCCAGGUGAAGAAGGAGCACCAGGCCCUUGUGUCCUUCACCAACGAGCUCAACAAAACUCUGAGUGGGGCUGUUCUCACUGUGGAGGGCUACGGAUUAUUGCAGGGCAAACAAGAGGCCAGACUGACCAUCCUGCAUCCAAAUGAGAAGAUAGUGAAGAAGGUUGCCAUCAUGGCCUCCACUUCAGGCACUAAGAUGCUGACUGCCUCUUUCUCACAUAGCGGCAGCUCCGGCGCCAUUUCGAGAAGCUACCACAAAGUGUCCGUCACCACACAAUGACAUUGAAAAAUUGGAAAGCUCCGAUUUUUGAUCUAUUGUCGCUUAACAGUAUCAUAUGCUUAACUACACCGACUGGUCACAAAGUUAUGUACACCUUCACAGUGUAAUGAGAGCCAAGAGAUGAGCGGCAUUCAAAAUGGAACUUUACGAGUAUAUAGUGGUUUGCAGUGGUGUAGAAUUGCACUGCAUUACAAUUGCAGCCGUUCCCAGUAAUGCACCAAUGAUGGGUUCAUUUUCCACUCAAUGAUGAUGUCACUGUGAAUGGUUGUCUGCCUGUAUAUGCCCUGUGAAUGGGCGCCGGCGACCAGUCCAGGGUGUAGUCUGCCUUCCGCGCUAAAUCAGCCGGGAUAGGCUCAGAGAUCUCUACGACCCUGGACUGGUAAGUGAUAUAGAAAACGGAUGAAUGAAUGAAUACCUGUAACGGUCCAUUAAUACACCAUAUGGUUACAUAGUGAUGAUUGGGGGGAAAAAAAAAAAAAAAAAAAAGAUAUAUAUUAAUAAUAAAGACUGGAUGCUAUUACUCCAAGCUACCACUAGAUAGAAACAUUGAACCACGCAUUUUCUCUUCACUGUGUAACGCUCCCUCUGAGGUAUUAUACAGCAUAUUCUUUAUGUCUAUAAAUAUAUACACAGUGGAUAAGAAAAAUGUCUCAACACACUGUUCAAAUGCCAGGUUUUUAUGAUACGAAAAAAGAUCAAUCAUUUGAGCCGGCAAUGUGACCUAUGACCUGUACAACUCCAAAAAGAAAUCUUUUUCUAGAAGUCAAAAUAAACAACUGGGAUUCUACGGUUGCAUAUCCUAUAGAGCGAGCGGGAAUUCGGUUUGUUCAGAAUUGACCAAUCCCAUUCAAACGCACGCGCGCAUUGUCAUCACUUUUCCCGAAACGUUUGUCGUCCCAAUUCACAAGCUCAUUUCCGAGCCCCGUUUCCCGCUAACAUGCAAGUGGAUGUGAUUGGUGGAAAACAAGAAAGUCAGACAUGACAAUGAACUUU